AUGAAACAAGACAACAUUCUCUAUCUAUUGCCACAAAAAUUAAAAGUGUUACAACUAGACCCGGUCUCCCCUAAUGAUAAAUCGCAAAUUCCCGGACCUGAUCCAGUAAAAUGGAACUUAAAUUUAGAUUCUAUUAAUUUCUUACUUGCAAAUCCUCCGAAGAUAGAUAUAUCAACUAUACCAUUUGCAGAAACAAAACGAAUGUUUGGUAAUAUAAGUAGACGUCUAACUCCUGAACAUUUUAUGAGAAAACUUCAGAAUGGUGAAAAAAAACUAAGAGAAUGGGUUUUAUAUUCUCCUUCAAAAAACGCGUUAUUUUGUUUCCAGUGCUUGCUUUUCUCGCCUAAACCAACUGUUUUCGGGAAUAAAAACGAAGGUUUUAUAAACUGGAAAAAAUGUAAUGAAUGUCUACAAGAACAUGAGACUACAUCUAGAGGCUUAGCUUUUAGAGGAAAUAGUCAUAACUUUGGUUCAAAACAAAACGGAAACUAUCUUGGUUGUCUGGAACUAGUGGCUAAAUUCGAUCCUUUUUUGUCUGCUCAUAUAGCUAAUUAUGGAAAUAAAGGAAAGGGGAACGUGUCAUACUUAUCUUCCAAUAUAUGUGAUGAGUUUAUAACUUUAAUGAGUAAUACUGUAAUAGAUAAAAUUGUGUCCGAAAUUAAAGAAAGAAAAUAUUUUUCACUUAUAGUAGACUCGACCCCUGAUGUAACAACACGAGAUCAACUCACAGUUGCUAUAAGGUAUAUUUCAAAUGAAGGUUUACCGGUGGAACGUUUUCUUGGUUUUAUUCCCUCUGUUGGACAUAAAGGAUCGGACAUGGAGCAAGCAUUACUUAAAAAAUUUUGUGAACUUAAUAUAGACUUAAAGUAUUGUAGAGGUCAAUCCUAUGACAAUGCGUCUAAUAUGUCUGGUAUUUACAACGGAUUACAGACUCGAAUUAAAAACUAUUCAUCGACAGCCUUUUUUGUGCCAUGUUCAGCACAUUCUUUGAAUUUAAUUGGUUCCAAUGCUGCAGAUACAACUCAAGAAGGCACCAAAUUCUUUUUUAUAUGUCAAGCAAUUUACAAUUUCUUUUCUGUUUCAACAUUUAGAUGGAAUAUUUUGACUAAUAUUAUCGAAAAGAAUCCAGGUUGUGUCAAAAUAAAAAAACUAUGUUCAACUCGUUGGUCAUCCAGGUACGAUGUAUGUAAAGCAAUGUAUAAUGGUUAUGCACAAGUACUCAGUGCUUUAAAUACUAUUUGUGAUGACGAAGGACAAAAAAAAGAUACAAGACACGAAGCUCGUUCAAUUAAAAAUAAAAUUGAAAGUUUAAAUUUUUGUUUUAUGAUUUGUAUGUGGACACCUAUACUUCAAAGAUUUAACGCAACAAGUAUUAGUUUACAGUCUAUAGAUAUAGACCUAGCCACAGUUGUAACUCUGUACGAAUCUUUAGAAAAAUAUGUGGAAGACUUUAGAGAAAGAUUUGAUGUGUACAUACAACAAGCAAAAACAAUGUGUUCAAAACAAUUAUUUUCCUGGGAUGGAGUGAGACAGAAAAAAAGGAACAAGUUUUUCGAUGAAACUGAAAAUAACGAUGAAUUAUUGGAAGGAGUACACAAAAUGAAAUGUGAAGUUUUCUUUGUUAUUAUUGACAGGCUAGUUAUGAAUUUACGUGAAAGAAAACUGUCCUACACUGAUAUAAAUAAUAAUUUUGGAUUUAUAUUAAAAUUAGAUAUAUUGGAUAAUAACGAAAUACGUGAAAGUGCUAAAAACUUAGUAAAAAUAUAUCCUGAAGAUUUAAACGAGACGUUCAUUGAAGAAUUGCUUGAAAACCACUUGAAACUUUCACCGACAAUUCCAAAACCUGGUAAAGAGCUUAAUAAUUGGAUAUGGUCUACAGUAUCAAAGGCUUUAGAAGUAUCGAAUCUAAAAUUAUUCAAGAUGAACAAUUCCGGAACAUUUUGGUAA